CUCUGGUAGUCGACUUGGGUCAUCGCACCAGCAGCCUCUGGCAGUCAACUUGGCCUUGGGUUAUCAACACCAGCAGCCACUGGUAGUCAUCAUAGGUCAUCAACGACAGCAGCCUCUGGUAGUCGACUUGGGUCAUCGCACCAGCAGCCUCUGGUAGUCAACAUGGGUCAUCAACACCAGCAGCCUCUGGCAGUCAACUUGGCCUUGGGUUAUCAACACCAGCAGCCGCUGGUAGUCAACAUGGGUCAUCAACACCAGCAGCCUCUGGCAGUCAACUUGGCCUUGGGUUAUCAACACCAGCAGCCUCUGGCAGUCAACAUGGGUCAUCAACACCAGCAGCCUCUGGCAGUCAACAUGGGUCAUCAACACCAGCAGCCUCUGGCAGUCAACUUGGCCUUGGGUUAUCAACACCAGCAGCCUCUGGUAGUCAACUUGGAUCAUCAACACCAGCAGUCUCUCGCAGUCGACUUCCUACCACUCAAAAUAUCCCUGGACUGCUGCCGAGUUCGCCAACUGCCACUGAUACUGAAGUGCUGCAUGCAUCGAAUGCAUCCACUGUGAGUGUGAGUGAGCCAAUGUCUAUGUCUGAUGAGAAUAAAGAUGAUCACGAGGAUGCCGUUAUCCUGAAUAAUGAGCCGCUGCCCGACAGUAAUUUGAGGAAUCUGCUUGCAGUUCAAGAUUUGGAAUUUUUGCAGAGCCUCGCUUCUGAUCAAGGAAGGGAAUCAGAUAGAAGACAAGCGCAGUUGAAUUUGAGGAUGGCUCGAACACAAAGGAGGAGGAGAGCAGCCGCUCAAGAAGAGAGGAAAGAGUUACAAAAGCUCAAGGACGUUGGUGAUGAACCUGAAGAAGAGAUAUUGAUUUCAUUUCGUAGUAAUCGCCCAUUGAGACGACGGUUCCGUCACUAAUGAUGUAUUGCUCCUGUUUAUUGUGUUGAAGGAUCCAGCUCAUCACCAGCUGUGAAGUUAUUUCUUGCUGGGAAAGAACUUUCAAGUUUCGAAGAUAGCCUUACUGAUGUCGGUAUUUCCUCUAAUACGUCAUUGAUGGUGAAGGAUGUUGCAGUCGAUGAUGUGGAUGUGGAAGAAGAUGACUGCUCUGAUGAAGAAGAGGUGGCAGCUGAUAGUGUACAUGAACCAACCGAGAAUGAGAAACAUGCCAGGUGUGGCAAUGACUGAUUUAGCUGCAACUCCGAAAAUGAUCAAUGGAGCUCAAGAUUUUAAUGGGAGCUGGACAAGAGAGAAGGAUCUUUGUCCGCAGGGAUUCAAUUCUAAGUCUUAUGGACUAUCACAGGAAGGAUAGGGACUUGGUUUUUCAUCGUAUUGUAGUGGUGAUAGUGGGAGAGGAGGUGGCUGAAGA